AAGAUAGAUAGAUAAUAGAACGAUACGCGGCAAUCUCCCGCUCUCUUCUGUACUUCCCCCCCUUCUCUCCCGCUAUUGGGAAUGCCGUCGCUUCUUGUGACGUCGACGACGAGCGCCGCGAUUCCGAGGGGUAGCAUUAGGGUUUCGGUGAAUGGCUUCCCUUCCUUCCUCCCCAAGGAGGUGGAUAAGAUUAGAGACCCUUUCGCCCGGGACAUGGCCAAGAGGAUCGAGCGGCUUCCUGUGAAGAUCAGCUUCUCAACAAGCUCCAUUAUGAGUAGCUGCGUUAAGCCACUACAAGAGCGGGGAACAGAGCCAGUUGUUCUCCUACAUGGAUUUGACAGCUCUUGUCUAGAAUGGAGGUAUUCAUAUCCAUUGCUUGAGGGUGCUGGAAUUGAUACAUGGGCUGUGGACAUUCUUGGAUGGGGAUUUUCAGAUUUACAAAUGCUUCCACCAUGUAAUGUGGCUGCCAAGCGUGAGCACCUAUACCAGCUUUGGAGGACAUACAUAGCAAGGCCCAUGGUGUUAGUCGGACCUAGCCUUGGUGCUUCUGUUGCCAUGGACUUUAUAGCCAACCAUCCAGAAGCGGUUAGUAAGUUAGUCAUGAUCGACGCAAGUAUUUAUGCAGAAGGCACCGGGAACCUAGCUAAACUACCUAGAAUAGUAGCUUAUGCUGGGGUUUCCGUAUUGAAGAGCAUCCCACUGCGGUUCUAUGCAAAUUCCUUGGCCUUAAAUAAAGUCUCAUUGCAGUCAUCCUGGGACUCUAUGAAUGUGGGCCGAUUGCACUGCUUACAACCCUGGUGGGAGGAUGCAACUGUUGAUUUUAUGCUUAGUGGAGGUUAUGAUGUCCGAAAUCAUGUAAAACAGAUAAAACAAGAGACUUUAAUUAUAUGGGGACAGGACGAUCAAAUUGUUAGCAGCAAAGUAGCACUGAGAUUGCAUCAUGAACUGCCAGAUUCUACCUUAAUUCAGAUUCCAGGAUGCGGUCAUAUUCCUCAUGUAGAGAAGCCAGAGUUGGUGGUCCAGUACAUUCUGAAGUUUAUUCGACAUGAAUGAUAAAGUUUCCAGAUCAUUGUGAGUCCAGAAAAAUUGUUUUCCAAGCUCAACUAGUUCUCAGAUACCACACUAUAUAUGUAACCAUGUAUGAUUUCCAUUUGAUGCGUCUUAUGAGGAGCGCUGAGAGUCAAAGCUGCAGAUUUAUCGUUGUUAGGGGCAGGGGGAGCAUGUGGAUGAUCAGUAGCUGGCCGUCAAUUACUGCCAAACAUCAUAUGGUAUGUGACUGUAGCGGGAGCAAAUGAUGUGGCCCUUCACGGGCACAUGAUCUGCUGAGACCAAUCUCGGUGUGCUCAUCAAAGAUACAUAAAGAUUGAUAAAUUCUUCAAAAAAAAAAAACCUUUAGUUUUUUUUCUUUAA